GCUCGCGCGCUCGCCGCUCCCGCCGCCUCGCCGGGCCCCGAGCUCCGCCGCUGACUCGCCGCCCACCCCUCUGCUUGCCAGCCCCGGGGACCGUGCUGCCGAGCCAGGGCCCCCUCUCUCGCCGGGGCCGGCACAGUAGCGGCCCGGGGUCGGGUCCUGACUCCCACCAUGCGUGGCGAGCUCUGGCUCCUGGUGCUGGUGCUCAGGGAGUCUGCCCGAGCGCUGAGCCCCGAGCCCGGAGCAGGUCAGGAUGCAGGCCAAGGCUCUGGAUGGGCCACCAAGAAGACCAUUCAGGGUUGGAACCGGAGAGCCCGAGAGAGCCCCGGGCAGGUGAUGGAGGCGGACAGGACCCAGCUGAGCGAGGACCAAGGUGGGGGCACCUUGGCGAUUGACACACUGCCGGAUAACGGGACCAGGGUGGUGGAGGACAACCACAGCUACUACGUGUCACGUCUGUAUGGCCCCAGUGAGCCCCGCAGCCGAGAGCUAUGGGUAGAUGUGGCCAAGGCCAACAGGAGCCAAGUGAAGGUCCACAGAAUCCUCUCUAACACCCACCGGCAGGCUUCGAGAGUGGUCUUGUCCUUCGAUUUCCCUUUCUACGGGCAUCCUCUGCGGCAGAUCACCAUAGCAACUGGAGGCUUCAUCUUCACUGGCGAUGUGAUCCAUCGGAUGCUCACAGCUACUCAGUACGUGGCCCCUCUGAUGGCCAACUUCAACCCUGGCUACUCCGACAAUUCUACAGUUGCUUACUUUGACAAUGGAACAGUCUUUGUUGUUCAGUGGGACCAUGUCUACCUCCAAGGCCGGGAGGACAGGGGCAGCUUCACCUUCCAGGCAGCUCUGCACCGUGACGGCCGAAUUGUGUUCGGCUACAAAGAGAUCCCGAUGUCCAUCCUGGAAAUCAGCUCCUCCCAGCACCCUGUCAAAGCUGGCCUGUCAGACGCCUUCAUGAUUCUUAAUCCAUCCCCGGACGUACCAGAAUCUCGGCGAAGGGCCAUCUUCGAAUACCACCGUGUGGAGCUGGACCCCAGCAAAGUCACCAGCACGUCGGCCGUGGAAUUCACCCCGUUGCCAACAUGCCUGCAGCAUCGGAGCUGUGAUGCCUGCAUGUCCUCAGACCUGACCUUCAACUGCAGCUGGUGCCAUGUCCUCCAGAGAUGCUCCAGCGGCUUUGACCGAUACCGCCAGGAGUGGCUGGCCUACGGCUGUGCCCAGGAGGCAGAGGGCAGGACGUGUGAGGACUUCCAGGACGAGGACCACUACUCACCCUCCUCUGACAGUUCCCUCAGCCCCUUUGAUGGAGACCUCAGCACCACCUCCUCCUCCCUCUCCAUGGACAGCCUCACCACAGAAGAUGACACCAAGUUGAAUCCCUACCCAGGAGGAGACGGUGAGUAUGGCCUUGAGGACAACCUGUCCCCCAAGACAAAGGGCUCCCCUGUGCACCUGGGCACCAUCGUGGGCAUUGUGCUGGCGGUCCUCCUCGUGGCGGCCAUCAUCCUGGCAGGAAUUUACAUCAGUGGCCAUCCCACCUCCAACGCUGCGCUCUUCUUCAUUGAGCGGAGACCUCACCACUGGCCGGCCAUUAAGUUCCGAAACCACCCCAACCACUCCACCUACACAGAGGUAGAACCCUCGGGCCACGAGAAGGAGGGCUUCGUGGAGGCCGAGCAGUGCUGAGAAUUCCAGGUUGCCCCUUGGAAGGGUAGGACAGAAGACCCAGGGACCCUCAAAAAUAAAAGUCAAGCAAAGCGGAGAAGUGAUUUUUCUUAGUCUCCUCUGAACAUACUCUGGCUGGGAAGACAGCACAAGGGUUUGUGGUGCCAGAGCUACAGUUUGGCCGUCGCGUCCCAGAUACUGAAACAGGGGUCAGAAAAGCAACCACGUUGAGUUUUUAAGGAACAGUAACCUCAUUUCAUCCUGUUUUGAUGAAAGCGGUCAUGUCUUCUGGGGCUCUCAGUGGUCUACUCUGUAGCUGCCCCGGAGGCCCCCUCCCAUGUGGAGAUGGCCAGAUGCCUGCCCCUGGGCACCUAAUGCUCCUGCAUAUGACACAAGAGCACUGACAUCUCGGCUACCGCAUUCCAGAGUCCAUAGACUCAAGAGCUGGUCCUCCUGGCUAUGGAUUCGGCGCAUUCGGUCCCCACUUUUGGAAGUUUGGAGAAGGCGUUCUCUCCUUCCAUUAAACACAGGUACAGCUGCUCUCAGCAAUUUGUCAAGCCAUCGAAUGGCAUGUUAUCAUCAGGGGAAAGCCAAAGGAGAGGAGAGAAAAGAACUCGUGGGGAAAAUUGCAUCUUUAAGCUUUGCUCCCUCAACUUGCCCUUUCUGCUGAGAACCAGUACUUCUGCAUCAGACGUGUGUGCAGUGCAAGUCACGGCUUUGCCCUAGCUGGGCCCAGCCUCGGCCAGGCGAGCCAUGUGGAGCUGUUUAUGCCGAUGCUACAUUUGUUGUCCAUUGUAUUCACUGGCCUGUUCUUCUGUCAGGGCCAGUAAGUACCUCCAAGGGCAGAGCUUGCCUGAUUACUGUUUUUCCUCUUCUGAGCUGGAUUUUGAUAACCUUUAAGAGAAACAGGAUGGUUUCUUGAGACAUACCCAGCAGGGAACUUGAGACAUACCCAGCAGGUGAGAGUCUGUUGAGAAGCAAAGCUGCCAGAGUGGUUGGGACAGAGGACUCUAGCAUGGGAAGGAGGGACUUUCUACAUAAAACCUUCAUCUGGAAAGUUGCUUCCAUCUCUCUAGCUCUGCCAGAGCUUUGGGAGCAGAGAGUUUAGGCUCCAGAACUUAACCUGAUUUUAAGGGAAUUCUGUCCCAGAAAUGAGUCGGGGCUGCUUCCAAAGUGCAUUUAAAAUGAAAACCUAUAGCUCACCCUCAUUCGAAGUAAAAGAUAUCAGCAGUAAAUAAAUGUUAAAUCACAGUCUCCCCUUAGUCACGCCGCCUUUAUGCAUGUCAUCGGGACGCCGCAAAAGAAAGAAGUUUAAGUACACGCCUCCUCCGGAGGUGGGGGUAGGGAGUGCACAAAUAACCAGACACAUCUAAACAUCUGACAGGUGGUUUUCCAGACACUCCACGGUUUAUCCUCUGUGAGGACACCAAUGACAAUCAGAGUAGGAAACGUACUGGACCUUGGCUAUAUAUAUAUAUAUAUAUUUCAUAAACAGACAAGGAAGAGCUGUGGGGAGAGUCAGAAUUUGAGAAAGAAAAAAGACAAUGCAGCAGAGGGAAUAAAGUUUUUUUCAAGUUUCUGAGGGACAGAAAGGUCUGUAGCAGAGCUCUCUUAGUGAGAGAAGUGCAGCCAGGCACCGAGAUGAUCUGGGCUCCCAGCACUCCUGGUCGGCAGGAGGGUGAUUUUUGCUCUUGCCUGACUAGCAAAGCAUCUAUGAACUUUAUGUGUCUAACACGGCCAGUGGGGCCAUUCUGUUGUGACCAAAUGCAAUGCACGGCACCAUUUGUCCCAAACCCAGCAUACUUCUUCCCAAUGGG